GGUGAGGCACCCUUCUCAAACCCCAGCCCUGCACUGCAGGAAUUGCCCUCAGCUCUCCCCAGCCCUGCAGCCGACAUCAAGGCUGUCAUCCAGCUCCUAUAGCAAGGGAUCUGCACUCCAGAAGUCUCACUGAGAUGGGAAAAAUCAUCAUUUAUGAGCAUGCCAACUUCCAGGGUCUCUCCAGGGAAUUCACCACUAACAUUUCUGACCUAAGAGAUGCAGAUUGGAAUGAUGUUGCCUCGUCAGUGAAAGUCAUUGGCCAGCCGUGGGUGGCUUAUGAGCAUCAGAAUUAUGAAGGGCAAUUCCUGGUAUUGGAGGAGGGAGAACACAAUUUUGUUGGUGAAGGUAUGAAUGACAAGAUCAGCUCUCUGCAGGUGAUCACUGAAGAUCUCCACAACCCCCAGAUCACUCUCUAUGAACAUAUUAAUUAUCAAGGCAAGAGCAGAGUAAUAAGAGAAGCAACCAACCUGGCUGCAGGACAUGACAAUGACAUCAUGUCUUCCCACAAAGUCCAGAGAGGUGCCUGGCUGCUGUGUGAGCACAGUGAUGGAAGUGGAAUUCAAUACCUUGCACGAGAGCACAAGCACCUUCCAAAUUACAAGGCCAUCAAUUUCAAUGACAAGCUUUCCUUCCUGCGCCCCCUGCGCCCUGGCUGUGGCUGUUAGAAUGCAAAUCCUGCAAAGCUGAGCAAAGAUGCAGCCCCUGCAAGAAAUCUGAGACCUCCAUCUCCACCUCUGCUUGUGCUGCCUUUUCCCCAGUGUCACAGGACUGCUGAAUGUGAGAGCUCUCUGCUGUGCUGCUCUGCAGAUCUGCACUUCUCUAUCUUGCCUUGCACCCUUCUCCCACCCCACAAGUGCCAGAAUCAUCGUGCUUGAUCAUAGGAAAGGGUGUCCAAGCUGGGAGACAUGCCAGAUGUGGGAAACCUAAUGCACCCUCAGGUGGCAUUCCAGAGUCCUGGGCUAUGGAAUGUAGGAGCAUUGCAUGUUGUUUCUGUCACUAAGAGAUACAGAAAAUAUCAGUACAGAACCAGCAUCUCUUCCUUUGUAAUUGCUUUGCAAUGCCCUUAUGGUACUGUGGCCUCUGCCAGUGUCUGUAAUCCAUUUUGUGUUGGUGCCAUUAAAGAAUCUUUUGUAAUCAGCAUUGACUCUGUUUUGUGCAUCUUUAGAAGAGAUAAAUAUUGCCCUUUCAUGGUGAGAUAUCUGUGUGUAUCCAGAGAAUGGUUCAUACAGUCAUUUGCAAAUCUUUUUCCUGGAUGUCUCCUGGAGAAUUGUGUCUCCUUCUGGUUUCACUGGUCACCAUCAGGGGGUUCAAGCUUGACUCCAAAAGCCUUGGUGGGCAGGUGGAUUGUUGUUGAUCCUGGCCAAACUCUGACCUCCAGAUUGUUCCUUGCUAUCACAUGCCUGCUUGUAUCCCAAGGCAGUGACUGUAGUGAUGAUAUAAUCUUCUACUGCCCUUAAUUACAUAGGAAACAGAAUGUUUUCACUAAUUUCAAUUCUUUAAUUCUUAUGGUAAAACCCAUCUUGUUUUUAAACCUGUAGUGUGUUGAUAAGGCAGGAGGGAUGACAAGGCAUUCCAGGAUGUGUUUUGCCAUGUGCCAGUUCACCUGGAAGUGCAGAGUCUCAGCCCUCCUCCAUCAGUGCCCAGUGCCAGCUGCACGCCCUGAGCUGUGCAUUGUCACAGCUGGCACAGGGCUGCUCUGCACUGCAGUGCUCUCCUCCCUCUGUGCUCUUGAAGGAGAAAACCUCGGAACUACUUUCCAGGCUAAAUUUUUAUAGGAGUGCAAGCACUUUACUUGGAAUACCCUAGGCACAGCUAUCCCUCCCCCUGAGAGAAGUGCAAUCCUACAAAAUGUAAAAGGAAAGUUUCAGGGAGGGAUAUUGUUGGGGGUUGGGUUUUUUGUUCCAGUUUAAACAAUUUUUCCCAUUAUCAUGCUAACAGAGCCUGCUGGGUUACACCAAGGAUCUUUUUGACUCUAGACAAAGGCGUAGGUGGGAGCUGGCUUCCCAGGGGAUGGGGGCUACUCAUGUUUAUGGUGAGUUCGGGGGAGGAGGACUCCCCGUCUUCAGCCCACACAGCCAGAAAGCAGGAGAGCCAGACCCUCUGCAAUCACCUGCCCUGCACCUGCCCCACUCCAGCCUCCUACCUCUGAGGACACAACAAAUCACCGGGACACAAACAGUGAGUGAGGAUCUUGCUCCCAGCCUGCUCCCACCUGAGACACAGCACAGCCACUGCUGCCCCCACCCCUCCCGCUCCCGCCUGCUCUCCGCAGCUGUGCGGGCUUUGCCUGUCUGCACCACCAGGACCGAGUGCAGAAAGAGUGUGCCUGCGUCUAAAGAAAGUACGGGAACUGAGUUAACUGUUCUGUUUUGUUGGUAAUUUUAAUAACUGCUGUUGUUUCUGCUUGUACGGUUAGAUCUAUGAGUAAAGAGCUGCUAUUCCUACCCCCUUA